AUGGCGAAAACUCUGCGAGAAAUCUCUGGUAUUUGUCGAUUUUGCUUGUGUGAAGAUGAGGAGUUGCUAUUCCUCGGUUCUACAGUAGUUGGAAUAUCGAUUUCCUUCGAAGACGUAGAAGUAUUCACUGGUAUUCGGAUUCAGAAGGAUGAAAACAUCUCCUAUGUGAUUUGUGGGGAUUGUAAAAACAAACUGAGAAAAUUUAUUGCUUUCCGAAGAUCUUGUUUGCGCAAUGACAGACUUUAUAAGCAGCUGUUUUCUGAACUUUUGGCAAGCACCAGCAGCGAGUGCCACGAAAAUACAAGCGUUCAUCUAGAAUUACAUGAGGCCCAACCAGAAGACGAAAUUAUUUUGCAGGAUGAAAUCAUUACGGAAAGCAUUGAGUACGACAAAAAUGACGCUGCCAUUUUCAAUGAUGAUAUAACAAUCAAAGACGAGAACUAUGUAUUAUCUCCUGAGCGCUAUGAUCCUGACGAAUUACCUGAAUCGCAUGACGAACCACACGAAAAAAGCCAUCCAAAUUCCGCAGAAAGUGGAAGCAGCAAGAAAUCAAAUUUUCCAAUAACCGAAUAUACUAGUAAAACUACAACCAUGUCAAGAGCAUCUAAUACUCAGAGCAGCAACAAAAAACAAGACAAUGAUGCAUCGUAUCAAUCCCUAUCUGCAUACCCACCGAAACAACUUUGUAGCAUAUGUGGUCAAAUGGUGAAUUAUUUAAAACGCCAUUUGUUAAGCCAUACGAAGGAUGCAAAAUAUGCAUGUCCGCAUUGCUCGAUCAAAAUGACCGAUAGCUCAAAUCUGCUACGUCACAUAGCUGCGGUGCAUUUUAAAACAAUUGUUAAAUCUUGCGAAAUUUGUAACAAAGGUUUUACACAUUACAAUACCUAUCAUUCUCAUAUGCGUUCGCAGCACGGUAUAGGAGAAGUAUACGAAUGCAAAGUUUGCUCCAAAAAAUUUAAUCAUCCUGGUGGGGUGAGGGAGCAUUUCAAACGAUUGCACAGUAAUGAAAGCAAAUUUGAAUGCACGCUUUGUGGCAAACGAUUUAAAAUCAAGAGGCAACUGAAGAUUCAUGAAAGAGUACACUCCACAAACCAACCAUAUGCCUGUAAUCUGUGCCCAAAACGAUUUAAAAGUGGUUAUGCCAGAAAUACCCAUCAAUUGACGCACAGUGGAAUUGUAUUUUCAUGCAAACUGUGUGACAAAUCCUAUCGGUAUAAAGCUCUUCUCAACAUGCACCUAAGAAAGUUCCACCCAGAAGAGGAUGAGGAGAAAACGGACUAAUUUGAUUUAACAUAAACGUUCAGCCAAACGGUCUAUUAACCAAAUUUGCAUGUAUUUGUAUUUGU